AUGCGAAAGAAAAUAGAGAAAACAAAAAAAAAGCCUUGGACCGAUUAUGAAGACACCCAGGUAAUGUAAUUGGUCGAAUAAUACGGUCCUCAUAAGUGGACAUUCAUAGCCUCCAAAUUACCAGGAAGAAUUGGAAAAUAAUGCAGAGAGAGAUGGCAUAAUCAUUUAAAUCCUUUGAUUAAAAAGACUCCUUGGGACUUAAGUGAGGAGUGGCUGCUUUUCUUAUAUCAUAAAGCGAUUAGCAAUAAAUGGGCAGAAAUCGCUAAGCAUUUAGAAGGCAGAACAGACAAUGCCAUUAAAAAUCAUUGGAAUUCUGGAAUGAAAAAAAGAAUCCCAGAAUUCACACAUAAAUUAUUAGGCAUUAAAUAGUAGUUUCUCUAAAAAGGGUUACCUUCCUAUUUUGAGCAAUUUGAGAUUGAGUUUGAAAGGAAAGCUUUGGAAAUCAUCUUUCUCAACAAAACUUAUGUGAGCUUACUCACAGAUUCUGAAGACGAAGAAGAGGAACAACCAAAAUAAUAACCAAUAUAAUAAAGCAGAGAAAGUACUGCAAUUAGAAUUUAAUAAUAUAAUGAUAUAAGAAAUAGAACUAUUAUUAAACAUCCUAGAAGAAAUAGAAUGCAUAAAAAAUAUCUGCUUUUUAAGAAGUAAUAGAAGGAAAACAAUAAUACAAACAAAGAGAACUUUCUUUAAUGGACACACACUCCUUAAAAAUACGAAAAUGAUGAUUAUUAUUACACACCAGCUGCAUUCAAUAAACAAAGGAGAAUGAGUCAUAGUAGUUUUAAGUAUAGUUAACAUCAAAGCUAUGUAAAUGAGAGAAUAUAACAAUAGUAUAACGAUUCCUACUUAGAAAGGGAGGAAUUAAAGCAGAAUUUAUUCCUUUGA